CACACUUGUGUACAAUAAAAGGGUGUGUCCUCCAAACAAAGGGAGAACAACAUGAAAGCCAAACCGGUGCGAGUUUCUUGAUGUCACGUUCAACGCUGUGCCGAAAACUGAUUCUGCUAACAGGUUAUGGGCCCAGAAUCAAUGAAGAAACAGGUGAAUGCCUCGACAGACCGUGAACACCUGCUGUGUAAGUAAACGAGGAAAAUGAACAGAAAAGAAAAAGACAUGGCACACAGCCGCUGGUCAAGACUUCUUUUUGAUGGAGAUGAGAAAAAUUCUGAACUAUGGGAAACCAAGUUUUUAGGACAUCUUCGACUGCAAGGGUUGAAACAGACAAUUUUGACAUGUUCCUCCGAUGAUGACGAUGAAGAGGAAGACGCGAAGAAAAAUGCUGAAGCUUAUGCCGAGCUCAUUCAGUUUUUGGAUGACAAGAGUCUAUCACUUAUCAUGCAUGACGCGGCAGACAACGGACGUGCGGCACUUGGAAUCCUGCGGGCCCAUUACGCCGGCAAAGGAAAGCCAAGAGUGAUUAACUUGUACACUGAACUGACUUCGCUGCAGAAAUCACCCAGUGAAUCGGUUACAGAGUACAUCAUCAGAGCAGAGACCGCGAUCACCGCUUUAAGGAAUGCAGAUGAGGUGCUGAGCGAUGGACUUUUAAUCGCCAUGAUAAUGAAAGGACUUCCAGGGACAUUUAAGCCAUUUGCUGUUUACAUUAGGCAAAGCGAAGAUGGUGAUAAAUUGACUUUUGCAGAGUUUAAGACUAAACUCAGAAGUUUUGAAGACAUUGAGAAUAUGCGUGCUACAGUAUCUGAAGACAAUGUGAUGAAAGCUAAAGCACAUUCUGGCACAAAAUGCGCACCAAGAGGCGCAAAUGAUCCUGGAGCAGGAAGUUCUGAGAUUGUGUGUUUUAAAUGUGGGAUGAAAGGCCACAUAAGCAGAACCUGCCAGCGGAAGCAAUGGUGCAGUUACUGUAAGAAUAACAGUCACAGCAACGUAACCUGCAGACGGAGAAAACAACGGGACAACGCACGGAAAGUAGCCGAAGAGACGGGUGGCGACAGAGUUUGCAUUCCGGGUGAGCGACGCUGACACGCGAGUGGACGACAUCAGGAGGAGAGGUCUGAUGGUGGACGCUGGUGCAACAUCGCAUAUAAUCACCGACAUCGGGAAGUUUUGGAAGCUUGAUGAAAGUUUCCAGGCCGAGACGCACUGCGUGGAAUUGGCAGAUGGAUCCAGGUGUUUUGGGGUUGCUAAGCAACGAGGAGACGCGGAAGUGUGUUUGAUCGACAACAGAGGUCGACGUCUUAAAACAGUGCUGAGGAACGCAUUGUACAUCCCUUCAUAUCCGCAGGACAUCUUCUCAGUGAAGCUGCAACAUCCAGCGGAGCAACGGUGAUCUUCAAAGGAAAGAACGUUCUUCUCAGAGACGAUACCAAGUUCCCCAUUCACAGAUGUACUGAAGCUAGAAAAUGUUGUUCAUGGCAUGGAAAUUAAAGGGAGAGGUGAACCAAUGCCAUAUUGUGAAGUUUGCACAAAAGGAAAAUUUGUUCAAACUAGGAACAAGGAGCCAGAUGCAAGAGCUAAAGAACCUCUAGCAAUGGU